AUGACGCCAGCAAAAACUUGGCAGCCAGGGCGGAAGUGCACACUACUCUCUUCUUGCAGGAGGGGUGGUUUUAUGUUCAUAACUCCUAGAAGCUGCCUUCUGGGCUCCUGCUGCUCCCGCUGCGUGCCCCCAGGCCCGGGCAGGAUGCUGGGGAGGCUGCUGGGGCGCAGCCCCGGGCUGUGGUGGGGAGGGCCUCGGCCUGUCCUGCACCCUGCCAGAGCCGUCGGUGGCAAAGCGAAGGGCACUCAGGAGGUGGCUUUGCAGACAGCUAAUCCAGGUUACAAAGAUUUAAAAAAUGACAGAAGGCCUACAAAUUUUGACAAAAAGGUAUUAGUAUGGGCAGGACGUUUUAAAAAGGAGGAGGACAUUCCCAGGCUCAUCUCGUCUGAGGUCCUUGACGCAGCGAGAAACAGCAUCAGGAUAAAGGUUUGCUACAUCAUGAUUGCGCUGACCUUGCUGGGUUGUUUGGCCAUGGUAAUCACAGGCAAAGAAGCUGCUAAAAGGGAUCACACGCUGGUGAGGAUGAACAUAGAAAAGAAGGCCAAAUGGAGGGCUGAAGCAGAGAAAGAUCAGGAGGCAGCUGUUGAGAAGCCACAAUGA